AACCAUAUUGGACGCUACUCUGUUGAAUUUUCUAAAUUUUUUGUUAAUUUUUUAAAUUAAAUUAAACGCACAAAACUUAAAUUUUAAGUCGUCCGCGGCGACGAGGCGACUCAAUAGAGUCUCAAGGACUAAACGGGAAGUAAAAGAAGCGGCCGCCUAAUAGUAUUUCAGUAGCCGCAAGCAAAAAGCAACAGUCGCAGACAGCCCUCGCCCAAAAAGAACGACGACCACCACCAGCACCCGUACCCGAACCCCCCCUCACUGCGCACAAUCACACACACAGAAACAAUAGCAAAAACACAAAUAUGCAGGCGAUUAAGUGCGUUGUAGUCGGCGAUGGAGCUGUGGGUAAGACGUGCCUCCUCAUCAGCUAUACGACAAAUGCCUUUCCAGGCGAGUAUAUACCCACCGUGUUCGAUAACUAUUCGGCCAAUGUGAUGGUGGAUGCCAAGCCCAUUAAUUUGGGCCUUUGGGAUACAGCCGGCCAAGAGGAUUAUGAUCGCUUGCGUCCAUUGUCGUAUCCACAGACAGAUGUCUUCCUCAUUUGCUUCUCGCUGGUGAAUCCGGCCUCAUUUGAAAAUGUGCGAGCCAAAUGGUACCCAGAGGUGCGUCAUCAUUGCCCCAGCACGCCUAUUAUAUUAGUGGGCACCAAGUUGGAUUUGCGCGACGAUAAGAAUACAAUUGAGAAGCUGAGGGACAAGAAACUCGCACCAAUUACGUAUCCGCAAGGCUUGGCCAUGGCCAAAGAGAUUGGGGCGGUCAAAUAUUUGGAAUGUUCGGCCCUUACACAGAAGGGCUUGAAGACGGUGUUCGAUGAGGCUAUACGGUCAGUGCUCUGCCCUGUACUCCAGCCUAAAUCCAAGCGUAAAUGCACUUUGCUUUAAGAACAAGAGGAACGGGAUGUUGCUGAAUAAAAUGAUGAUGACGUUGACGGCGCAGAGCAAGUGGAAUUGGAGGCGGAGUUGGAAGCGGAGACGAAGGAAACACCCACGAAGCAUUAUUUGUCAGUUCUAUGUAAUAUUAUUAAUUAUUUUAUGUAACAUUAAGCAUUAGCUCUGCUCUUUUUUUUUUUAACUCAAUCUUUAUUUCAAUAGAGGGGGGAUUUCCCUCUCUUUCUAUUCUGCUUUAGUUUCGUUCUUGUUUCCCCGUAUUCUCUCGAUGUGCAUUAAUUUCAACUAAAAGUUAAAAAAAACCACAAAAAAACAUUAACGAAAAUCUGUAACUGUAAACUGUAUUUUGUAUUAUUUAAUAACUUUUUGUAAUUAAAUUUAAUGUUGUAAAGGUAAAACCAAAAACAAAAAGCAAGAGAUGGAAAGCCGCGAAGAUAAAGCAAAACAACAUGAAACAUUUAAUUAAUGUAAUUUUGUUGAUGUAGUAGGAUACUGGAUAUUGAAUGAAUGAGAUGAUAGAGAUAGAGUCAAGUAAAAGUAAAGUAAAGUAAAAACGUUCCAUUGCAAUUACAAUUAACAUUACUACACAUGCAUACAUUUGUAUUUAGAUGUUGUUGGAUCACAAAUGGAAAGAAAAUAAAAUGAUUAAAAAAACA